AUGUUGGGAGUUAAUAACCAUGGUCAGACAAUUGUUUUAGCAUGCGCAUUUUUGAGCAAGGAAACGACUGAGCCGUUUGUUUGGAUGUUUGAGGAGUUUAAGAAAGCCAUGCCAGGUGGGGAACCUAAAACGAUCAUUACAGAUCAAGAUGCGGCAAUGGCCAUAGCGAUUUCAAUAGCCUUCCCGACUACAUUUCAUCGACUUUGCAUAUGGCACAUCACAUCAAAGUUCUCUGUUAAGUUACCACGUGACGCUUAUAAGGAGUAUUGGCGUGAAUUUCAGAAAGCCAUAUGGGAUACUGACAAUAAGGAUGAGUUUGAUGCAAAAUGGAAUAUUGUGGUUACAAAGGCUGGUUUGACUGACCAUCCAUGGCUAAGUACAAUGUCUCGACUUGCUUCAGAUGUGGUUGAGGAUGCAUUAAUGAGUGAAGAAGGAUGUGAGCUACUGUCAGAGACUCUAAAAAGUUUGCAGGUGAAGUUGAAGUUGUUGAAGGAUGGACCAAGUAAUAACGAAGUUGGAGGGUCCAGCUCUCAAACACAAUAUAUGAAAGACCCUAAGAGAGUGAGGUGCAAAGGAAGGUCGAAAGGAGUAAUGGGAGCAAAGGAAAAGGCAAUGAAGCGAGGGAUUAGACACUGUCGGGAGUGUGGACACAUUGGUCAUGAUAGAAGACAAUGCCCAGCCUUGAACACACCGACAUCACCGUCGAACAAUGACGAAUCAACUCCAAUACAUCGUAGUGACCCAUUAUUCGACGAUUUUGACAGGAUGCACGGACCAAGUGAAUGA